UGUGUUUUAACGCCUGCGCAGAUCAACCAGGAAGCGGUAGUGUUGGCGAAAUGCAAUCCCUCGGUUAUGUUUUGUACUAAAGAAGACUAACAGGCAGCAGGUUUGGCUGGAUCCAUUUCCAGUCGCAGCCAUGGCAUGCUGCCCCUUGUGCCCCAGGCUGUGCUCCCGCUCAUCAGCCUACACUCUUGCUCUCGGGCUAGGCUUUGUAACACUGGGGACCAGCCGCAUCCUACUUCUGAAAAUGUCUGCCAAUGCCGAAAACAAGUAUGACUUCCUCCCAGCAUCUGUAAAUCUGCUUGCCGAGGCUCUUAAACUGCUCUUCUGUCUGGUCAUGUCAGUCAGGGUCAUAGUCCGAGAGGGCCGAUCAUGCAGAGAUUUGGGUUGUGCCUCCAGCUCUUCCUUCCUCAGCUCCCUGAAGUGGGCCGUCCCUGCUUUCCUUUACUUUCUUGACAACCUCAUCAUCUUCUAUGUUAUGAGCUACCUGCAGCCCGCUAUGGCAGUGUUGUUCUCCAACUUUGUCAUCCUGACCACAGCUGUGCUCUUUAGAAUAGUUUUGAAGAGGCGCCUGUCUUGGGUUCAGUGGGCAGCGUUGGUUAUUCUCUUCCUGUCCAUCGUUUCCUUGACAACAGGAUCAGGAGGCAAGCAAAACUCAAUAGCUGUUCCCAGUCUUCACUCAAACCCACUUUCUAGCCCCUCCAACUCUUGCCUACUCUACACCCAGCUUCUGGAGGAGAUGAAGAACAGCAGUAUAUCAUGGGCAUCAACCCUGCCCGGCCAGGCCUGGAGGGACAAAGUAGUAUCGAAGCUUCAAUCUCUGGGUGUGGGUCACAUCCUGCUCAUCCUCCAGUGCUUCAUCUCUGCCAUGGCCAACAUAUACAAUGAGAAGAUUCUCAAAGAAGGAGAGCAGCUCACUGAAAGCAUCUUCAUACAGAACAGUAAACUGUAUGCCUUUGGUGUGGUGUUUAAUGGUCUGACUCUUGGGCUCAACAGCGAGGCACGAGGUCUCACCAUGCACUGUGGCCUCCUACAUGGACAUAACAUUUAUUCCCUGGGCUUGGUGCUGGUCACUGCUGCCCUGGGCUUAUCCGUGGCCUUCAUCUUAAAAUUCAGAGACAACAUGUUCCAUGUGCUGACUGGCCAGAUCACUACUGUUCUGGUCACAGGCCUCUCCCUCUUCCUCUUUGACUUCCACCCUUCGCUGGACUUCUUCUUCCAGGCACCCACAGUCCUGCUGGCCAUCUUUAUCUACAAUGCCAGCUGGCACAAGGACCUGGAAUAUAGCCUGCAGCGAGAGAAACUACGGGUCAUCAACGGGGAGGUGUUUGAGAGGUCAAGAGGGGACGGUGAGGAGCUCGAGCUCCUGACAAAGGCAAAUGCAGACAGUGAAUCUGAUGAAGAGUCCUUGUAGUAAUGAUAGAGCUAGAAGUAUCCAGAGGAUACUCUGCAUCUUUCCUGCUGCUGGUGUCGAACUGCACAAUUGACUGGAUGGAACAUGGUCACAGAUUGUCUGUGAAAGCAUUUAUUUGAACAGUGAUGAGCAGGUAAACGGUGAAAGAUACUGUUGCUAGAUUAUAUGAUAGACUCCUAGAAUUAAAAACAAACAAGGUGUUUAAUAACAGAAUUAGCAAAAUCUGUAUAUUUUGGAAACGUGCCUGUCUGUGGAUGACUGCUGUCAUUCAUAUGGGGGAAAGUACCAGCAACGCUGUUUGUUGGAAAAUAAGUGAUAAGUGAUACUUUUGGAUUCAUUAUGGAUUUCUUUUAUGCACAGUGUAUUUCUUUACAUGAUUCCUGUUGUACAUGCUGCUAUCUGACUGCUUGCUGGUGCUGGACGUCUAAGGACCAGAAACUGCAGUUUCAAGAUUGUUUUGAUAAUACAUUUGUUUGAAAUUGUAGUGAUUUUGAAUCUUUAUCCACACUAUGAUGAAUUCGGUUUGUAUUGUACUGUGGAAGAGGCAGUCCAACGCAAAUCCCCCCCCCUAAAUUUCAGUCUUCAUGAAACUCCACUCUUGUCCAUCAGCCUUGUUUCCACUCCGUUCUGCAGUCAUGAAUGGAUGUAGGAGCUCCUUUAACUGUCUGGACAUUUGCAGCUCAAAUAAUUUCACAUGGUGAUGAAUAGAACCACAAAGAGGACGCAGAGUUUUUAUCAAGGUGGAUAAAAGAAACUGUCUUUUAUUUUGUGAUCUCAAUUCUGGAAUCACAAAAGAAGAAACUCAACCAAAAGGAAAAAAGGAACAGAGGCAACUAUUAAGUCCAAAGUAAAAGGGGAAAGAAAGAAAAUACCACUCACAUUACUACGACAGGCAAAAAAAAGUUGUUUUUCAUUGUUGAAAAAAGGAAAGCAGAGCUGCAGCUUUUUAUAGGACCCCAAAUUUCCCCCAAAAUAAUAGGAGGCUUGCUAAAAUUUAGUACACCCGACAUUAGGUGGAAACAAAAAAUAUAAAUGAAUGUUUUAUACAUCUGGCACCUGGACUAUUAUUUUCAUUGGACUAUUGGUGUUUAUUUUCUGAGCCAGAAUAAGUGGUAUUGAUAUAAUUGCCACUAAUGCCUGACUUUCUGUCAGCACCACAAACUCCCUGCUUCUCUUACUUGGGGCUUGAAUAUUUUCUUGUUAAACUGUAAAAUAACAUUGUCUAAAGAUUGUU